AAAAACAAGAAGACGAGGCACGUUCAGCUGGCGGGAAAUAUUACCGCAUGAAUACUGGUUGUGGUUAUCUUCCAGCUUAACGUAGACGAAGGUAAUGUUAACACCACUCUACGGUCUGCGCUACCCGACAGGACAAUGGUUCAAAUAGUCGUAAGAGGCAGCGUGGACGGCAGCAGUCCUCCAGAAUGGCUGCUGGUGGAGCUGCAGGGAGAGGUGAUCACCAGACACAACUCUGGCCUGGCAGGAAAUGUGAUGGGAGACCUGCUCUACACCAAAGAGGGGGUCCCGGUACUGAUCGUAGGACACCACAUUCUGUACGGGAAGCAGGUGAAACUGGAGAAACCCUUUGCCGUCCUCACCAAGCACUCCAGCCAUUCACAGGAUAGCCUGGGCAGCCACGACAACAGUGUCAUCACACAGGUACCCAUGGAAACGAACCAGCAAGGACCAACCUCCACCUCUUACUCUGUGUCCGCCCUCAUCAAACGGAAGCUCAUCUUUAAGACUCGCCCCAAACCCAUCAUCACUAAUGUACCCAAGAAGGUGUAGUGUGACCGUAUCCCAAACUGAUCUGAUUCCAAGUUAGUCUCAUCUAACUGAUAGGAUGCAGUUUAUUUAUUUAUUGUACAAUUGAUUACUACACAUCAUGUUGAUUCAUCCUAGCAACCUUUAACCAGAACUCAUUCCAAUGAGAGACUUUGUGGCUCCUCGUAAGUAUGAAUGGAUGUUUCUAUCUGUUGUUUUGCUGAAAUUCAUAAAGCCCUGUGAUGCUGUUUUAAAGGCUUUUGCACUGAUAAUAAUCACAUCCUAGAUGGAACACUGAAUAACUGUACAGCUUUUCUGUGGAAGAAACAAACUAAAUUAAAGAAUAUUGGAGAUCAGAA